AUGAGUUCUUUGGUCAUCCCUGAGAAGUUCCAGCACAUUCUUCGUGUUUUGAACACGAACAUUGACGGUCGGAGGAAGAUCGCCUUCGCCAUCACUGCCAUCAAGGGGGUGGGCAGACGUUAUGCCCAUGUGGUGCUGAGGAAGGCGGACAUUGACCUCAACAAGCGGGCCGGCGAGCUGACCGAGGAGGAGGUUGAGCGAGUGGUGACCAUCAUGCAGAACCCUCGCCAGUACAAAAUCCCAGACUGGUUCCUCAACAGGCAGAAGGACGUCAAGGAUGGAAAAUUCAGCCAGGUGCUAGCUAACGGCCUGGACAACAAGCUGAGAGAAGACCUGGAGAGGCUGAAGAAGAUACGAGCGCAUCGCGGACUCCGGCACUUUUGGGGCUUGCGCGUUCGCGGUCAGCACACCAAGACUACUGGCCGCCGCGGUCGCACUGUGGGUGUCUCCAAGAAGAAGUAA